AACACAAAUGUUUUUUGUUUUGUUUUUUGUUUUAGUUUGACGCACUGUACUCACGUCCAACAUUCACGCCUGUGCACCAAUGGCGCGUUCACGGUACCUAAACAAAGCGGGGGGUACUCCGCGUUGUAAGACUCGUAAAGGCAAACCUGCGGAGAAACCGAGCGAGCUCACAUCACCACUCCCCCUCUCUCCAUCACACCCCCUCCCCUGCCCGUCUAUAUAUGCACCUCGUCAGAAAUAGAGAGUCUCUCCCUCCUCCCCUUCACCAAUGCAUCAUUUCCACCAAUCUGUGCAGAGGGAAGACCAACCCCAACCCCUGAACCCGUAGCUACCCGCCCUGCCUGCCUAUAAAUACGGCCCGGAUCACGCUGACAAGUCUUGGUCGUCAGAAACGCUCAGGGUUGCAGCAGAACAUCCCCCUCCGUCGCCUCCCCUCCAUCGUUUCUCCGUUUUUCAGAAAAAAACCAAAAAAAAAAAAAACCCAGCCCUCAUAUCCUCACCCUCAUCACCGCCACCAUCUUUACCGCCGGGUUCUGAACCACUUCGUUCUCCACCCCCCCAACUCUCCUUGGGUUUUUUUCCGCGGCCAGUUGCAUGCAUUUAUCGUCUCCAAAAAUGGUUUGCGAGACUAAAAUCGUUGCGGACGAACACGAGGCUAUACCUGGGAGUGGGACCAAAAAAGAGUCGAUCAUGUGGAGUUCUUCCACUUCCUCCGCCGCCGCGGCUGUGGAUCCCACCGAGGCCAAGGAUGUGAUGAGGGGAGAUGCGGUUUUCAUCCGGGAGUUCGAGCUCGGGGAUCAGGACGAGGUACGCCGCAUCUUUUACGAGGGUAUCAUGGAGCGGAUACCCAACACGGCUUUCAGGGGGCUGAAGCAGCAGCCCCGGACCCAGUUUUUGUACGCUCUCCUGACAGUAAUGUGCUUUUACGUGACCAAAUCCGUCACACUGACCUGCUGCGCGCCCCUCAUUCUCAUGGGUGCGCGCUACUACUACAGCAGGAAAGUUAUCCAGAGUUAUUUGGACUGUGCUCUGCACACGGACAUGGCUGACAUAGAGGCGUAUUACAUGACACCCACAGGCUCCUGUUUCUGGGUUGCGGUACUGGAUGGACGGGUUGUUGGCAUCGUGGCAGCUCAGGGCCGUGAAGAUGACAACACAGUGGAGCUGCGUCGCAUGUCAGUGGACUCCCGCUACCGCGGCAAAGGCAUCGCCAAGGCCCUCGGCCGCCGUGUCCUGGAGUUCGCCGUGCGCAACAACUACACCGCCGUGGUCCUGGGCACCACAGCUGUCAAGAUGGCUGCCCAUAAGCUGUAUGAGUCUCUGGGUUUCCGCCGGAUUGGCCAGUCAGAGGACCACCGACUCCCCGGGAUGAGCCGCUCGCUUCUGGAGAGGCUCUUCUUCCAGAUCCGCUACUGCCGCUACCGCUUGCAGCUCCGCGAGGAGUGAGAGGUGACAGGGAGAGGGAGAGAGAGAGAGAUGGAGAGGGGGAGAUGGAGAAAGAGAGGGACAGCCAGAGAGAGAGAGAGAGAGAGAGAGAGAGAGAGGGAGGGAGAGAAGAAUCACCCUCCUCACCUGAGAGCCUGAUCAUGUCCACUCCUCUGACAGCUUUUUUAUUUAUUUUCUGUCACUAGAAAUACCUUCAGCCUCAGUAAUUCAUCUCUAAAGUCACUAAGGUUUUUUUUACUACAAUACUUUUGUUGAUGUUGCUUUUUCUUACAUUUAAAUAAUUUUAUUAAUCUAUUUUUGGACUCCUCCCUUGUCAUUGUAGAAUUAAAAGAAACCCCUAGACAUUGGUUGAGGACAUGUAAAUGACAUCCUGACUAGCCCCGCCCACCCCCGCCCACGUGACUCAGAUCAAUACGUCCUUUCAUUAUGAUUCCACAGUGCCACCCUUUUUCUCUAUCCCUCCCCCAUCAAGACGAGCCUUCCCUCCUGCCCUGAUUCUCUUAAAUCCACCACAGCAAGAGUCAGGAGGCGGGUUUACACUCAUUAACACACACACACACACACACACAGGACACCACACACUGCACACCAAGUCUGUGUGUGUCAGGACAUGCUUUGUAUUUAACAAAAAGACUAAAUUAUUUUCUGCAAUUUGGUUGACAGGAGGGUGGCGCUCACGGCCUCGAGAAGACCUAACAUACAGUCAGAGUGUAAAGGCUGGACCAGAGUAACUGUCUCUCAACUCAGGAACACGAUCUCUGUGUCAGAACACACCAAAUACAGAGCACACUUUGAAGGCAACACUAGGGGAUUCAAAUGAAGGCUAAUGCUAUGUGGGCUAACGGCCAAGCUAAUCUAAUUCUUCUACCGAACAAAUUUUAGUCUUGUAGCUGUUCUUGCUAACGACCUAGCUAAUCAACUGUUCUGUCUUCAUGAAGUCUUCUUUUACUUCAGAGUUAUGAAUUCAGAGUCAGAUUCUCUGUUUGUUUGUGUAACAUCACAGCAGAUGUGAUAAUGUUGGCCAAUUAACAAACAAUCUGAAACACUUUUAUAUCAAACAGAGUGAAAAGCAGUUUAGGGGAUAUCCAGACUGUGAUUCUGUAUGUGGAUGAGGUCCAGUCGAGGGCUGGUGGGCCCAGAGCUGCAGCUGUAUUUGGGAGACUGUUGGGUGUGUGUAGUUGUGUUGGUGUGUAUUUAAUGAGGCCAUGUUGCCUCCACACAACCAAAUUUAGCAGGUUUUAUUUUCAGACUGAGUUUUCUGUGAGUGUUUACUAACCCAACACUCUCUUACGUACUCUUGACUUUUUGAGGUUUAGUCAUUUUUAUACCGUUGGACUCAUAUUACCACAAAGUAAUUUGCAGGUUUUUCAAAAACUACAAAGACAACAGUCACAUACUAACCGAGGUCACAGAACCUGCAAACCUGUGAGUGAGCACAAACAGCACCAACACACAGCCGCCCCUCCCCCCCCCCCCCCCC